CCGCUCGGCGACUCAGUUUGUUUGACAGUCGGCAACUUUUGUCAGCAAAAACACGAUGGCAACGGAGCUUCUCGCACAACAGGGACGGCAACGCGAGACCACACAACACUGCCACUACACCUGCAAAAGUGGAUCACUUGAGAGAGUAGGAGAAGACGACAGUGUUCUUGACGCUGCAUAAAAAAGAAGAGAUAAGAAGAACAGAAAAAGACAGCGUGGACAUCAAUAAAUAAAGUCCCUGAAGACGAGAAGAAAGAAGGACAGAAGACCAGAGUUUCUCCCAGGUUUGGAGUGGACUGAAUGUUUCAAGCAUCAAAUCAGGAUGUUUGUUUUCAUCUGGUUAAUCGUGUCUCUCCCUACUAACAACGAUGCAUCAGGAUGGGGACGAGAACACUGUCAAACAAACAGUUACUGUGUUACUCUGAAUGAAAAUAUAAGAGCAGAAGCUGGACUCUGUGCUGUGAUACCAUGCUCUUUCAAGUCUGGCUUUGAAGCCGAAGUUAUUAUUUGGUAUAAAUGUGACCAACUAAUGGACAGAUGUGGAGAUUUUGACAAAGUAUUUCACUCUGACAAGAAUAUUGAAAACGUUCAGUCUGGGUUCAAAGGGCGAGUGUCUCUGCUGGAACCAGAUGUGACUCAGAAGAACUGCAGCAUCAUGAUCAAUGAUCUCAGACCCUCUGAUUCUGGAUAUUAUCAGCUCAGAGUGGAGGGAGAAGGAACAGGAAAUGCAUGGACAUACACUACAAAAACAUUUCUCUCCUUAACAGAUGUAAACACAAAGUCCAAAAUGAAGAUUCCUCUUCUGACUGAGGGACAGCAGGCCACUCUGACCUGCACUGCUCCUGGUCUCUGCUCUGGGUCUCCUCCUAAAAUCACCUGGAUGUGGAGAAGAAAAGGAGAGAAGGACUUUCACAUUACAGGAAACACCACUUCCUUAAAAACUGAGAAUCUGACUACUCUGACACAGAGACACAGCUCAACUCUGACCUUUAACCCUUCAGCUGAACAUCACAACAGCAAAAUAACCUGUAAGGUCAGCUUCACAGGGGACCAAACCAAAGAGGAGACUGCAACUCUGAAUGUGACAUAUAAAAGGAAGCCUCAGAUUUUUGGGAAUGUGACUGUAAAGGAAGGAGAUGUUCUGAAUCUGACCUGCAGUGUGGACAGCUUCCCUCCAUCAGUCAUUAACUGGACAAAAAUUGAAAACGGAACCCUUCCAAAGAAUGUCUCUUUUCCCAUCAUUAAUGUAACAGUAGAAGAUGCAGGCCGUUACGUUUGUACAGCAACAUAUCGGAACAGCAUCCUGGAAGAAGAAAUCAAUGUCAGAGUGACAUACCUCAGAAGACUUCAGAUCUCUGGCAAGACAAGAGUAAAGGAGGGGGAUUCUCUAAAUCUGACUUGCAGUGCUGACAGCUUCCCUCCCUCAGUUAUCCAGUGGACUAAAUUUGAAACAAAGACUAACCUGCAGCGCAGCAUUUCAAGUGACUCGUACAACAGCAAUGAAGACAUCCUGAAGGGGAAUCAUGGAAAUGGUUCUUUUUCUAUCACUAAUGUGACGGCAGAAGAUGCAGGACUUUACAUUUGCACGGUGAAACACCUGAUCAAAGAUCUGAAGAAAACAAUCAAAGUAACAGUAACAUAUAAAAGGAAGCCUCAGAUUUUUGGGAAUGUGACUGUAAAGGAAGGAGAUGUUCUGAAUCUGACGUGCAGUGUGAACAGCUUCCCUCCAUCAGUCAUUAAUUGGACUAAAAAUGAAAACGGAACCCUUCAAAAGAAUGUCUCUUUUCCCAUCAUUAAUGUAACAGUAGAAGAUGCAGGCCGUUACGUUUGUACAGCAACAUAUCUGAACAGCAUCCUGGAAGAAGAAAUCAAUGUCAGAGUGACAUAUACAAGAAAACCUCAGGUAUACGGCAGAACAACAGUGAUGGAGGGAGAUGAUGUGAAUCUGGCCUGCAGUGUUGACAGCUUCCCUCCAUCAGUUAUCAAGUGGACUCAGCCUGGAACAGAAACUGGUCUGAACGACAAUAUUUUAAGAAAAGCAGAUAACAGCAGAGUAACCUACCUGCAGGAAAAGAGUGGAAAUGCCUCUUUUUCCAUCAUUAAUAUAACAGCAGAAGAAGCAGGGCGUUACAUUUGUACAGCAACAAACCAGAAUGGCAAUAUGACAGAAGAAGUUCAUGUUAAAGUAAAUUACCUCAGAAGACUUCAGAUCUCUGGCAAGACAAGAGUAAAGGAGGGAGAUUCUCUAAAUCUGACUUGCAGUGCUGACAGCUUCCCUCCCUCAGUUAUCCAGUGGACUAAAUUUGAAACAAAGACUAACCUGCAGCGCAGCAUUUCAAGUGACUCGUACAACAGCAAUGAAGACAUCCUGAAGGGGAAUCAUGGAAAUGGUUCUUUUUCUAUCACUAAUGUGACGGCAGAAGAUGCAGGACUUUACAUUUGCACGGUGAAACACCUGAUCAAAGAUCUGAAGAAAACAAUCAAAGUAACAGUAACAUAUCAAAGGAAGCCUCAGAUUUUUGGGAAUGCGACUGUAAAGGAAGGAGAUGUUCUGAAUCUGACCUGCAGUGUGGACAGCUUCCCCCCAUCAGUCAUUAAUUGGACUAAAUAUGAAAAAGGAACCCUUCCAAUGAAUGUCUCUUUUCCCAUCAUUAAUGUAACAGUAGAAGAUGCAGGCCGUUACAUUUGUACAGCAACAUAUCUGAACAGCAUCCUGGAAGAAGAAAUCCAUGUCAGAGUGACAUAUCAAAGGAGGCCUCAGGUUGAUGGAAACCCAACUGUAAAGGAGGGAGACGUUCUGAACCUGACCUGCAGUGUUGACAGCUUUCCUCCAUCAUUCAUCAAGUGGACUAAACAUUCACCAAUUUUAAAUCCAAAAAACAGAACCAUUCUCUCCAACAGCGCUGGAUCUGCAAACCUUGUCAUCGUCAACAUGACGGUGGAAGAUUCUGCACGAUACAUCUGCACAGCAACAUACAUGAACAAAACUGUGGCUGAAUAUGUUGACAUAGAAGUGACUUGGUUUCCAAAGAUACUGAAAGGUUCUGGGUGUCUGCUUCGGUCAGACGUUUUGACCUGUGUGUGCAUCAGUGAGGGGUUUCCUUUACCCACCAUUAAAUGGCCGUUGCUGGAGGAUCAUACUGAGUACCCUGUCACUACCAUGGUGUCAGAUCACAUCGUCAACAGUACUCUGACUGUUAGAAACCAUGGCAACAUCAGUGUUGAAUGUACCAGCAGUAAUGAAAAUGGGGAAGUAAAACAAAACCUCAUAGUCCAUCAAGAUCUGUCAGAAGGAGUUAAUCAUGUGAAAGAUUGUGGGUCUGGUUGUGGAGCUCUUCCCUGGGUCAUUGCUGGGGUUUCCCUCAGUGUAAAUGUUUUCUGCAUGAUCUGCAUGUGGCACCUUUGGAACACAAGAAAAAAGAUGAAACCCACUGAAGUUGAUCAAACGUACAUGUCUCUUCAAAAAGCUGAUACAUCACCAGAGUAUGAUGUCAUUUACCGACGUUCACGCUGACACGUCACUGCAGGGAUCGCUGUCACUGGGAUCUUAUAAACUGAAAACCAGAUUUUUAUAGAAUGUUCUGUUUUAGGCACAAAAGAAAAGAAGAGGAUAUGUAUGUCUCCCAGUAAAGAGUUUCAUUUCAAAGUGCUUAUGACAGCAAUAGUAACUGAGUCUGGAUAAGAAUAAUAAUUCACAAUUACAACCAGAAUGAUGAAUGUUUUGUAUAAUUGUCAGUUAAUCUGUAGUUUCUGUACUCCUUUCCCCUCUAAGUUUGGGUUGUCAAUUUUAAAUAUUAUUUUUCUUUAAUGUGUAGAGAGUAUGUUUUAAUGCUGAAUAUUUAGGAAUUACAUUUCAUGUUCACAGGUUUGUCCAAAAAUGUAUUUGCUUUAUAUUGUGGUCUAUCCAUUGUAUUUUACUUUCAAUUUAUGAGGUUUCCAAACCUUUGAUUUUUCAAUUUAUCUGGCAUUGUGUAUGUGCAUUAUUAUUAUUUUUUACAAAAUAACUAUGGAUAAAUUAUGCAGCUUUUACUGUUCUUGUAGAAUCUUUCAAAAAAUAGCUUUGAACCAGUGGUGCUUUUACAUUGAAUUACUCUGCCUAAGUGAAAACCACUCCAAUUGUGUGAUGGUGUGCAUGUGCAUAGUUUUAUAAUUCUGAAGGUUUUUUGGUAUGUCAUUUUUUUUUCUUGGCAGGUGUACAGUUUUAGAUUGGGUUUAAUGCAAAGUACACUGUUGUGUAGGUUUGUCAAUAAUUUCUAGUUUCUUUAUUAAUUUUCCGACUUAAGUUGGGUUACAAAAGUUAAAUACAUUGUUCAUCUUUAGUUUUUAUACAAUAACGCUUUGUUAGCUGUUCAUUUUCAUGUCUACAGCUAUUAUCAAAAAAUUAAAUAUAUUAAGUUUUGCUUUAUCUUUUGUAAGUUUACUUUUUACUUCAUGGGGUUUCAAAAUUUGUAUUUUUAAAAUUCAUCCUGCAUUGUGUAUCUGCAUUAGUAAAUUCUGUAGUUGACAAAAUAAAUAUGGAUAGAUUAUGCAGUUGCUGCUGUUCUUGUAGAAUCUGUCAAUAAUAAUUGCAUAAUAGCUUUGAACCAACAGAGCUUUCAGUCUUAUUGGUGACUUUGGACAUCAGUACAUUUAGGACUCUGUGGUACAGAAAAUAAAACAAAGAAAGCAAAGCAAAUAAUAAUGUGAAUAAACAGGUUCCUCUUCAGUUGUCUAAAG